UUCUAACCUUAUUAAGACCUUCCAUAAUAAUCAGUCACUCCAUCUAUAUAAGCUAAGAAUAAUGUACUACAAUCCUACACAAUUAAACUACAAUCAAAUUAAAAUUUUGAAGAUUCAAGACAAAUAUUGAGAAGGGUAAACGAAAUCGAAGAGAGAAAAAGAUGAAAUUCAUUUACUAUGUUUUGGCAGCGCAAUUUUUGUUUGUAACUUCUGUAUUUUCCCAAAAGUUUGAUUUCUUUUACUUUGUUCAACAGUGGCCUGGAUCAUACUGUGAUACAAAGAAGAGUUGUUGCUUCCCAACAACAGGGAAACCAGAUGCAGAUUUUGGAAUUCACGGUCUUUGGCCUAAUUAUAAUGAUGGUUCAUACCCUUCUAAUUGUGAUCCUAACACCCCCUUCGACCAAUCUGAGGUAUCGGGUCUGUUGAGGAGAAUGCGAACAGAAUGGCCAACAUUGGCAUGCCCAAGUAACGAUGGAUUGAAUUUCUGGUCCCAUGAAUGGGAAAAACAUGGCACUUGCUCUGCCCUUGAUCAGCAUUCCUACUUCCAAAUUUCCCUUGACCUCAAAAAUCAAGCUAAUCUUCUCCAAGCACUAACUAGUGCAGGAAUUCGACCGAAUGGACAAACUUACUCCUUAGAAAGCAUAAAGGAUGCCAUUAAACAAGGUGUUGGGUACACACCAUUUGUGGAGUGUAACACUGAUACGUCGAGCAACAGUCAACUUUACCAAAUUUAUCUUUGUGUUGAUAAUUCUGCGUCUAACCUUAUUGAGUGUCCUGUUUUUCCUCAUGGUAGAUGUGGUUCUCAAAUUGAAUUUCCUGCUUUCUGAUUUUGUAAUUAGAUUGUAUACAUGCAACACUACAUACGUUGAUCAUCAAUGUAUUCUUGCUCUUUAGUAAUGAUUUAAACUUAAUAUCUUGGAUUUUCCAA